AACUUACUAACAGAUACUUUCAUAUAAUUGGUAUAAUUUUACCAUGGUGUAUGACACAGUAAAGAGUUUCAUUUCUCAAUCUUAGUGUAUGUGAAAACUAAACAAGGAAUAGAAAAAGAAAUUUUAAUAAGAUAGUAAAGAAGACUCAGCAAAAUUUUUUGAGAUAAGAAAGUAGAACUGAGAAUUUUUCAAAACGAUGGCGACAUUUCUGAGUGCAAUAGAGGCAACCAGGCGCCAGAUCGUCUCUUCAGGAAACGUAUUACUGAACAGGUGGAAAACCCCUCUAGAAUGCCGCUGCCCGAACCGUGUAAGAGGGAAGGUUGUCAUCAUCACUGGGGCUACUAGUGGCAUCGGCAGAUUCACGGCCUUUGACCUGGCCAAAAAAGGGGCCAUAGUUUACCUGGCUGGUCGCAAUCGUGAGGCAAGUGCAGCAGUCGUCAGAGAGGUGACACAGGCAACGGGGAAUCAAGACGUGCGCUUCCUUCCUCUUGAUCUCACAGAUUUUUCCUCUGUUGAAACAUUUGUGCAAGAAUUUUUAAGAUGUGAAGAGAAGUUAGACGUACUAGUGAACAAUGCCGCAGUAUUCCACCACCCUCCUAAACAAACGCAGCAUAACGUAGAAAUUGUCUUUCAAACAAACUAUUUAGGUGUGUUCUUGCUCACCUCCCUGCUGCUCAACACACUGAGACACACCCCAAAUUCGCACCUCGUCUUUGUUUCCUCGGAUGCACACAGAGUCGUGUCCCUCAAAGACGUGGACACCUUUGACCCGAGAGAGCCAGUGCAUCACCAGAAUUUUGAGGACCACGUCAAACUGUAUGGCAUCUCAAAGCUGGCCUUAAGGAUCUUUGCACAGUUUGUGGCGGAGAAUUUUCCAGGCAUCUUGGUCACGGAAGCCAACCCGGGGAAUGUGUGGACGCCCAUCUACCGCCACGCCUGGCUCUCCUGGUGGGACAUGCGGAAGCGCCUCCUGUCCUCCCUGCUAAUGCGAGACGUGCGGGAGGGAGCCCAGCCGCUAAUCCACGCACUCAAUUCUGCUUCUCUGCAAAGUGGAAUCUAUUUAAGUGAUACCCUAGAAGUGGAAGGAAAGCCAGGCUAUGACCCGGUAGUGACACGGAGACUUUUGGCUGCGUCAGUGAAGCUAACUGGGAAGCACCUGGAUGGAUCCUCAAAGGAGAUUUACAAUUUCAUUUAAAAUGAUG